ACAUACAAACAACGGUUCAGUUGCGCUUUGCCGGAACGCCAGUUUGCUCGCACGUUGGUUUGGUCGGCCCGUUUAUGUUUAUUUGGAUUUUUUCACCAUUAACAGCACUCUAGUGAUAUGAUAUAUUUUUCGAAAAACCUACGCGAAAAAACCUAACCGAAAACCGUGGAAAAGUGUACUUACGCCGCGCGCGGACAUCUUUAACGGUCAUAAUAUUAUCAUUUUUUAUCAUCAUGGUACUACCCGCAUAAUAGUAUAUUGUCGAUAGGCCUUCGGUCCGACCGACGUUUGGAAUGUUAUUUUCGAAAUAAAAAUCAUAAGAACAAAAACGGAAAAUCAUUUUCUAACCCGCAGACAUAAUAUUAUAAUUUGCUCCUCUCAUAGUCCGGCCGACGACAUGGGCGACAUCAACGGCAUGGACGAUAACGUCGAAGACGAGUUCGAAGACGCGUUGGAAGUGAUUCCGGCGCAUUGUACCAUGGACUUGGACACGGCCCUGGAGGACUCAAAAAUCGCCAUCCAUUGCUUUUUCAACAACAAAUUCGACGAAGCCCAAAACAUUUUACAACCGUGGGUCGGCACGAGUAUGUAUCACACUAUGGGAACGGCCAUAUUUCAGUUUCUUGAGGCGGUGCUCACCUUCGAUCAGACGAGCAUACAAAAAGCAUCAGCUUCGCUCAAAACCAGUAUCCGGUUAUGCAACGUGUACCGAAAGAAGACCACGUUGACUCAGACCCUCGGCAACAUGAUGAAAAAACCUAAUUAUGAUUCAUACACUCCGGACGAGCUACACGCCGAACUGUGUUUUGCCGAAGCGCUAUUGCUCAAGGCGUUGUUGACGUUCAUCGAAGACGAAACACUAGUCAGUUUCUUACGGGCCGGAAUCAAGAUACGGUCUUGCUACAACUCUUACAAAGAGUGCAAUCAUAUUCUCAACUCGCGCACUUGGACAGAAGAACAAAAACCGUACAAAACGCAUUUCGAGAGCGGCGUCCGGCUCGGCAUUGGAGCGUUCAACUUGAUGAUCUCAUUGCUACCGUCCAAAGUGAUCAAGCUACUGGAGUUUAUAGGAUUUUCCGGAAGCAAACAACAAGGCCUGGCCGAGCUGGACGCAUGCUAUCAACUGCCAACCGGUCUGAGGCACGUGCUGUGCGUCAUCACUUUGCUCACAUACAACCUGGUGGUGGUGUACGUGUUCAGCCAAGAGGACGGCGAUUUGGAAUUCUGCGACGCGGCUCUGCGCCAACAGCUGGCGCUAUACCCGAACGGUGCGUGGUUCUUGUACUUCAAAGGCCGGUUGGAGUUCAUGAAGGGCAACAUCGACGAGGCGGUCAAGUGGUACACGGCAUCGGUCGAAUCGCAGUCCUCGUGGCGACAAUUUCACCAUAUCUGCUAUUGGGAAUUGUGUUGGGCGAACAGCGUCGCUAUGGAUUGGAAACGGGCGGAAGUGUACGCAGUGAAAUUGGCAGAGGAGAGCAAGUGGUCGAGAACGAUUUACAACUAUCAGCGCGCAUGCAUAAUGCUUAUGCGUGGGUACAACGGCCUGUCUCGUGACGACCUCAAUACCGUCAAUCAAUUAAUGUUGGACGUGCCAAAAUAUAAACAGAGAAUCGCCGGCAAGUCUUUACCGAUGGAGAAAUUUUCGGUCAGGAAGGCGCAGAGAUACUUCAGCCAAAAAAACCGACUGUUUUUGCCGACCAUUGAACUGCUGUACUUGUGGAACCUGUUCAGCGUUUUCGGCAAAAAGAAAUCACUGUCCGGCAACUUGUACAAGCUAAUCGACAAAAACGCCAGAGACCUGGAGAAAAAUCCCGGACAAUACGGCACCGAAUACGAAUAUGACAACAAAGCGCUUUGCCAGCUGCUCAAAGGCACUUGCCUGCGAGUCAUGGACAGUCCUUUGCAAGCCGAAGAAUGUCUCAAGAGUGUAAUAGCCAUGGAGAAGAAAAUCAAAGAGGACCGCUACCUGGUGCCGUACGCCCACGUCGAGCUGGCUUUUCUGCACAAGUCCAAAGGGCAGUUGGAAAAGGCCGCUUGGUAUCUGGACUCGGCAAAGAAAAACUAUACGGGUUAUUCUCUAGAGACAAGACUGCAUUUUCAAAUUCACUGCGCGUGGUCCGCGUUAAACGACAGCAACACAAACAGUGCCGACAACUGCAGCGCCUAAACGCCGCGCGUGUGUGUGCGUAUGUUGGCUGCCCUGUUCGAAAUGAUUAUGUUUGUUUUGAAAUAAAUUGUAGUUUUUUAUCAAAAGAAAGUCUCCGACAUUCGAAAUAGGUCUGCGUUGUAAUUUAUUGUCAGGCCAUUUUUGGUGUGUGAUGGACACUGUUUGUCUUUCUCUAGUUGUUGCAUAAUAUUUUUAAAAUUAUUAUUAUAUUAUAUUUUUAUCUCGUAAAAUAUUUUCCAUAACACGUCUUGUGUGUUAUACUACUAAAUAGUACUUAAUAUCUUUGUUGUGAUAAACGAUUAAAUCCCCAUGGACUCAUACAAACUCAAAACCUAAUGUUAUAUUUUAAUUUAUUUUAUUUGUUAGAAAAGUUUAUCAAAAAAAAAAAAUAUAUAUAUAUGAAUAUAUUUUAAUAAUAUUAUUAUCGAUCGGUGUCCUCGUUGUAUAAUC